CAUCAUUAAUUAGUUGACACAGUCAUGUUAAGAUGCUUAUAAAGUAGCGAGCUUCUACUACUAUUUGUCGGUAUGAAUUUGAAACUAUCCAAAAUGGCUUGUGGCAACCUCUACUUGUUAUUGAUUAUUCUUUUUGGUCUUUCUCUAAACGUAAAUGGCCAUCUUUCACCAAAUUUUUACUCUUCUAUUUGUCCUAAAGCUCUUAGUAUAGUUAAGCAAGAAAUCGCGAAAGCUAUUAAAAAUGAGGCUCGUGUUGGAGCAUCCUUACUUCGGUUACACUUUCAUGAUUGCUUUGUUAAUGGUUGCGAUGGCUCAAUUUUACUGGAUGAUACUUCAACUUUCAAAAGUGAGAAAUCGGCUAACCCAAAUAAAAACUCAGCUCGCGGGUUUGGAGUUGUGGACAACAUCAAGGCCAGUUUAGAGAAAGCAUGUCCUGGAGUUGUUUCUUGUGCUGAUAUUCUUGCUAUUGCAUCUCGUGAUGCAGUUGUUCAUUACGGUGGUCCUACAUGGAAGGUGAGAUUGGGAAGAAGAGAUUCUUUUACGGCUAACAGAAGUGCCGCCAAUGCUUUUAUCCCUCAACCUAAGUUCAAUCUUAGUAACCUCACUUCUAGCUUUGCCGCUGUUGGUUUAUCUUUUAAAGACAUGGUGGUUCUCUCUGGCGCACACACUGUUGGAUUUGCUAGGUGCACAAGUUUCCGGCCACACAUUUACAACGACACCAAUAUAGAUCCCACCUUCGCCAAAUCGCUACAACAAAAGUGUCCUCAAAACGGAAGUGACAACGUGUUGCAACCCCUCGACUACCAAACAAGGUUUCGUUUCGAUGACAAGUAUUACCAAAACCUACUAGAUAAGAAGGGGCUACUUCACUCGGACCAACAACUUUACAAUGGAAAUAAGGCUGAUUGUUUUACUAAAAAGUAUGCGAUGAACCAAGGCGUGUUCUUUAAAGAUUUUGGUAAGAGCAUGAUUAGAAUGGGGAAUAUCAAGCCACUUACCGGAAGUAAUGGAGAAAUCCGGCGUAAUUGUCGUAAACCAAAUUAAACUAACGCUAACGCAUGACCGUUUUAAUAUCUAUACCUACCUAAGUGUACGUAGUUCAUGAUUUUAUAUAAAUUUCUGAAUUUGCGUAUAUAUUAAAUGUCUAAUCACUUUAAUGUGGUUUAUAUAGUGUAAUUCAUGGUUGAUAAGAAUAAUAAUUCUCAUUUACAAUAA